AUGGCAGACGCUGCGUAUUACCGGGACCUGCUCAGUCCGCAGGAUUAUUAUGCCAGUCUCAACGGCGACCGAGGUUCCGCCUGGUCUCUGAAGGACAAAUUCCAUGAUAUCGAUGACAAGAUCCAUUUCAAACCCUACAUGAAGCGACUGAGUGAUCCGCUCACCAAGAAUUUUGUGCUGGAUUUCGGUAAUGAGGACGCAUUUUGUGCGACGGACCUGGAUAGAGACGAAUUCCAGCUGUUGCUGAGGAAGCCAGUACGCGGCACUCCCGUCUACUAUCUACGGGAGCUAACCUCUACCCCAGCGAGCGAAAUGUUUUGGCACCAGAUGGAUGUAAGGAGACAGUCUGCUGGCCAGGCUUGUCGAUGCAGAUGA